AUGGCUUCAAGAUUCUUCAAAACUGCAGACUCACAAUCUGGAAGGCCUGCAGGUCCUCCAACUGUGACAUUUGCUCGGAGGACAUCAUCAGGUCGAUAUGUCAAUUUGUCAAGGGAUAGUCUUGAUAGUGACAUAAGUGGUUUGGAAUUCUCAAACUACACAGUGCAAAUACCAGCAACUCCUGAUAAUCAGCCAAUGGAUCCUUCGAUGAGGGUGGAUCCGCCAAUGUCCCAGAGGGUUGAAGAGCAGUAUGUAUCAAGUUCUUUGUUUACUGGUGGCUAUAAAAGUGUUACCCGUGCUCACUUGAUGGAUAAGGUGAUCGAGUCUGAGACUAUCCAUCCUCAAAUGGCUGGAGCAAAAGGUUCUUCAUGUGCAGUCCCCGGUUGUGAUGGAAAGGUCAUGAGUGAUGAGAGGGGUGAAGAUAUUCUCCCUUGUGAAUGUGAUUUUAAGAUAUGCAGGGAUUGUUUUGUUGAUGCUGUCAAAACUGGUGACGAGAUCUGCCCCGGUUGUAAAGAGCCUUAUAAGAAUACAGAUUUGGCUAUAAACUCGUUGGAGCAUGGUCAACCUUUAUCUCUGCUAUCUAAUGUCGGGAUGUCAAAAAUGGAGAGGAGGUUGUCACUGAUGAAAUCGGCAAACAGGUCGGCGCUAAUAAGGAGCCAAACUCGGGCUGAUUUUGAUCACAACAGAUGGUUGUUUGAGACCAAGGGGACUUAUGGCUACGGCAAUGCUAUAUGGCCAAAGGAUGGAGGAUUGGCAAACGAUAAAGAUGAUGAAACUGCUGAGCCUCUGGAACAUCUUAACAAACCUUGGAGGCCACUCACCCGCAAAUUGAAGAUACCAGCUGCAGUACUCAGCCCAUAA